AUGAUGAUGGAGAAUCUCCAGUGGCUUGACCUCGACGGAAAUCACUUGUUUGGGUCCAUCCCACCUCAGAUUGCAAUGCUCAAGAAUAUAGGAAAUUUGUUCCUUUCCAACAAUACAUUGUCUGGUUUAACACCGGAGGGGAUUGGUAACCUGACCAAAUUAGAAUACCUGGCAUUGUCUGCCAACCAGUUAUCGUCAAUUAUCCCGUCGAGUUUAUUUCAUCUUAAUAGUCUCAUUCUGCUAGAUGUUUCUCAAAACUUUUUGACUGGCACAUUACCAGUUGAUAUGGGCAAUUUGAAGCAAAUUGACAGCAUGGACCUCUCUGCCAACCUCUUGGUUGGUAGCAUCCCAUAUUCGAUUGGACAACUCCAAACUAUUGCCUACUUGAACCUGUCACACAAUUCAUUUGAUGAUUCACUUCCAGAAUCUUUCGGCAAGCUAACCAGCUUGCAAACUUUGGACCUAUCACAUAACAGUCUCUCUGGUACAAUAUCAAAGUACCUAGUCAAUUUCACCAUCUUGGCCAGUUUGAACCUGUCUUUCAACAAGCUACAAGGUCAAGUACCAGAAGGUGGUGUCUUCUUAAAUAUUAGUCAGCAAUCCUUGGCAGGGAAUUUAGGGCUUUGUGGUGCUUCACGUUUAGGAUUUCCAAUGUGCCCAAGUAACUCUAAAAGAGCUAAUAAUGGCCUCAUGCUGAAGAUUUUGAUCCCUACUAUCAUCAUAACAAUUGGACUUGUAGCUUUCUGCAUAUAUGUAACAGUCAGAAAGAAGAUUAAGAAGCGACAAGGGAUGUCAGCUUCUCCCGGUAUGGUUGACAUGCCCACCCAUCACUUGGUCUCGUACCAUGAGCUUGUUCGAGCAACUGAUAAUUUUAGUGAGAGCAACCUGCUAGGGUCUGGAAGUUUUGGAAAAGUUUUCAAGGGCCAGCUAAGCAAUGGUUUGAUUGUUGCAAUCAAAGUUCUAGACAUGCAGCUAGAACAAGCGAUGAGAAGCUUUGAUACAGAGUGUGGUGUACUACGGAUGGCACGACACCGCAAUCUAAUGAGGAUACUCAAUACCUGCUCCAACUUGGAAUUUAGGGCAUUGGUGCUUCAAUACAUGCCCAAUGGCAGCUUAGAAAUGCUGCUACACAACUCUCAAGGUACAACCGAAUUGGGAUUCAGUUAG